GAUCCAGACGCGAACUCGCAGAACAGUCAAGAAUCAGUGCAAAACAUUACCGAGUGGCUGGCACCUACCGAGUACUCCUCUGAGGCCAGUGAAUUUCGAAAGCAUGUAGGAGUCCACGUCCCUGGUACUGGAAAUUGGAUCUUCAGUACCCACCAAUUUGAGAAGUGGUCCCAGUCCGAGGAUGUCGGCACUCUUUGGAUCAAGGGCAUUCCAGGAAGUGGCAAAUCUGUCGUGGCAGCGAAUCUAAUCAAGACAUUUUUAGAGAAGGAGAACCAUCUGGUCUUGUAUUUCUUCUUUCGGCAUAUCGUAGAUUCCAACAGCAAACCGAUCUUUCUGGUUCGCGACUUUCUGGCACAGUUGCUCCCGCACUCAAUACAGCUCGCAUCUCAACUGAAACGACUGAUGGCCAAUUUCCCAGAUAUAGAGACCGCACCGAUCAAAGACCUGUGGGAUGCAUUGCUUACCUCUCUCGCUACCCCUGCACAAGUCUUCAUCAUCGUGGACGCUCUAGACGAAGUUCAAGUGGGCCAAGAAGCAUUCAUCACUGACUCUCUUCUCAAAAUGAACUUCAUGCGACCACAAGCAAUCAAACUCAUGGUCACAAGCCGCCCUCUUCCAGGCUUUGAAAUGCCUUCCGAAACUGCACAUACCACGAUUCUACGACUAUCUGGCAAACUCGUUGACCUUGACAUCCUCGCCUACAUUUCACAUCGACUUGACAGUCAGCAACAGAGGCACUUAAACCAAGAAGAAAUCUCUUCCAUCAAAGGACGAUCUUGUGGCAAGGAACAUGACUUGUUUCUCCAGACCCGCCUAAUGCUCGAUGAAGUCCUUCGCAGCAACGAGCCGAUCCAGAGCCUGCUAGAG